UUUAUUUGGGCUGAAGGAAUCAUGAAAGAUACAGGACCAAGAAUGUUUAUUUUUCUUCUCUUUUGCAGUCUGGUUGCUAUUUCAUACCUCUGUCCAACAGCGCCAUACACAGACGAAUGCGGAAACCUUGGAAUUCUAUGGAACUGUAGUGGACUUAUUACAGACAGAAUCCUAGACAAAAUACCACAAAAGUUACGAAACCGCUAUGUGACGUUGGAUUUGUCAUUUAAUCGAUUUUCUACAUUAACAGAAAAGACGUUUGAAAAUCUUAUUCGGUUUUCAGUUGUGUCAUCCAUAAUCCUUAAUAACAACAAAAUUACAAACAUCGAAAAUAAGACCUUUCAUAGAAUUUCUGGUUUAUGCAGUCUAGAUCUUUCAAGUUGUGAGCUUGAUAAAAACGGAAUAGAGGUUGAAGCUUUCUCCUAUAUUUACAAACUGAAGUUCCUUCGACUUGAUCAGAAUAAUUUCCAAUCAGACGGUUACCCGGAUGUUGCCCUUUCUGCAAUUCAGUCAUUAUCGAGUCUUCAUAUCGACAUUUUCAACGGAUUUUCAUUUACAGCACCAUUUGAAAACUUAAUAAACUUAUCUGAAUUACAGUUUCAUAUUUUGAACGAUUUUAGGUUAACAAAUACAUCAUUUCUAGGACUUCGGCGCUCUAAAAUUCAUCGCCUUGAUAUUUUUUUCUUGGUCACGUAUUUUGUGACGUCCUGAAGAUCUAUACUGAAAGGAAAAAGAAACGCAAAGUAGCAUAAUAUUCGAAAACUUUUUGAACGCAUGACCGAAAAUUACGAAAAUUGGUCAGAUGAGAAAUUAAGUUACUUUGCAUCAAAAUCAGUGUUCAGAAUUACUCAACCGUAAAAUGUAUGACGUCAUGUAGGGAAAACGCUAAAAAGUCCAAAAUACGUGCAAUUUGAUGACGACGAGUUUGUCAACAAAUCUUGUUGCACCAUUUGAUGCACCUGAGGUAUACACAUUGUUUUUCAAUAUUUAGAGACGAUAUGAAUUUCUUGCAAUCUUUGUACAGUUUAUGGAAGUUCAAUGGGGCCUGAUUUUCGAUUUGCCUAAUUAAUGAAAGAGGCAACAACGGUUAACUUAGCAGUUUCUUGUUAAUUUCCCCCCAUAAAACUUGUUACCCGUUGUCAGAGAGGGUCUGGAAUGGUUUUCAAUCAACCGUGACGAUGACGUUAACGCGAAACGGAGCCAUGUUACGAGCGGGUUAUUCGUCCUGCCACCUCUUAAAUCUCAGUCCUAAUACCACAAAAACCGACUUUUAUACAGUAGACUAUUACAAUCAUUACAUUCACUCAAAAAAUGAAAGAAAACAAUUCUGCAAUUUGUUUAUUUGAGCAUGUCAACUUACUGUUGUGUUCUUGUCACUCGCGCAUGCGCGCUUUGCAUGACUAAUUUUUUGGCGUGGUUACCCAUGCCCAAUAUAGCCAGGGUUUGAAAGAUACUCACUCUGAUGAAUUCCAUGCAAAGGAGAAAUAACGCUCAUGACAGAUGUGCAGGAGAGACAUUGAAGAUAAUGAGAGUUUUCGAUUUUCACUUUUGGGGGGUACCGGCAUAUGAGCUUCACUAACUCAAAAAUUAUUAGACAAAAUCAAAUGAGAUUUUGGUUAUAUCUUUUUGAAAGAUGAUUGUAAAAGUUAGAUAGGAAUACUGAAAAAAAUUGAAAGAAAUAUAAAUUUAAUUUACCUCAAAAUUUUACCCUGCGUUUCUUUUUCCUUUCA